CUGCACAUUACGCCAUGGCUGUCAAUCGUCGCCUUGAUUGGCCGCGAUCUCCGGCUCGAUCACGCGUGCCUGCAUUGUAUUGGAGAGAACCAAAGACGAACUUUCCUCAAAUGGGCUUGCAGAUCGAACAUGGACCGCUACGUGCACAGUAACGAGUCAACCGCUGCGCUGACAGAUGUCUUUUUGGGGGCUUAGAGCUUCGAUGCGACCCGGAGAAGCCAGUCUAGUCGUUCUCGGCCAUUGUUCCCGCCUCGACGACAGUAAUAUGGAUGAGUGGUCCAGAAUGCUGGCCCCCGUUUGUACAAAAUGAGAGUAAUAUGAACCACCCUGACCGCUCUGCUGUACAACGGUUGCAGAUCUCGUUUGUUCGUUAUCCUUUCUUGUCGUCGUUGUCGUCUCUCCAAGCUUCUCUUUCAUCUCACGUCAUAAUUCUCUGCGGAAGCCAGAGUAUAAUCUGAUACUGCCCCCCGCACACGUCGCAAGACAAUGGUUGUCAGUAUGGGUCGAGUAUUUAUGUCUGCUGCCAUUCUGGCGCCCGUCAUGAUCUCUGCAGUGCCGUGGAAUGGGCCUCGAGCAACUGGCGAUGCUGGAGCUGAGGUAGUCGGGUGGAGUCCAGCUCCUACAUCACCACCAUUGUUGUAUAGAGGCAUGGACAGUAUUUUCGAACGUCAAGCCUCGAGGGGUGACAAUACUUGUGGCUACGGCCACGAUGAUCCCUCAAAUACUUUCAGCUGUAUCGACGAUUCCUAUGUUUGUGCGACGAAUAGUUUCUACGGCGUUCAUGGAUGCUGUAAUCCCAACAGCCUCAAUGCUUGCUCCAUCAAGACGACCUGCGUGCCUUCAUCGGAGGCCUCUUCCUGCACUGGUGCUUGCGCGAGCAAUGGCUAUGUGGCUCUGUGUACAGCUGGGUCUCUAACGGGUUGUUAUAAUAUCCUCUAUGAUUUCGGAACAACCACAAUGACAGAGUGGGGCUGCUCCAAUGUCGACACCACGAUCCUAGUCGACUACUCGACCAGCGGCGAGUCUUUGCUACCUGACACUAGCCAAGUCGAGGUGCCAAUCUCAACCAGAGUGAUAACAGUCAACCCUUCAGAGUCCGCCGAGGACUCAAGUGCUGAUACCGCGACUACUAUCGGUUCGUCUUCCAACGGCAUAAACAGCUCGAAUGAAGGCAGUAGCACAAACGUCGGAGCCAUUGCAGGAGGAGUUGUCGGAGGCGUCGCCGGCCUAGCCAUCAUUGUCGCCGGAAUUGUGUUCCUACUCAUGCGCCGCAAGAAGAAGUCCAAAGCAGCUGCCGCCGCUGCCGCCCCGGCUGCUGCUGGAGGAUACCAACCGCCACCGAUGAGUGGACCACAAGGACCGCAAUCCUCUGUACCCCAGGGCACGUAUCCCCAAGGCGCAUACCCUCAGCAAAAUUACGGUCAGCAAACCGCGUACGACCCUAGUGCGCAGCAGGCCACCGCAGGCUACUAUCAACCUCAAGAUCCAUCUAAACAGCCCCCAACUCAAGACUAUAAAUACAAUUACAAUGCACCAGGGGCAGAGGCUCCGCCUCCUGCUGCCGGCGCUGCGGAGCUCGGGGGAGGAUCACAGGCACCAUAUACCCAACCUAGCAGUCCUCCGCCCGGAGCUACUGCACAGCAUGACUCUAUCCAGCAGCUAGAUUCGACAACAGUGAACCCAACUGGUCAAACUUCGCCGAAGCCAGUGGUGCAUGAAAUUGGCUCGUAGAGAGGAGGAUGUAUUGUUGCUGCAUAAUUGGAUACGUAAUGCGAUUAUGAUGGUGCAGAACGGGCGUUUUGUAGCAUCUAGACUAUGCCUACGGGCUGUCGAUUAUUUGUAUAUAAGAACUUUAAAGUACACUUGGUCCUAGUAAGCUCCGAAGUGACUGAUAUGAUAACAGACUCUCGCCCUUUCGAAGAUUGAUGCCCACGAAGGUUUACUGACUAUCCUUGUACAUAUAUAAUCCUAACACAAUGC